AAGCUGAAAUUUGCAGAAAGGAGAAGUCUAUUGGAUGAAGACUGGGGAAAAACAUUGUUUGGACCGAAGGGAAUUUUAACAGCUUUGUUCAAAGUCAUCGAUGGUAUGCAAAAAAGAAAUAAAAUGCAUGAUGUGAAGCCGAUUGAUUUUGCAAAAUUCUUUGACGCUUUUCUCAUAAAUUCCAAGGAAGGUUUUGAUCCAUUAAUAGAAUUACCAGAAUUUUUGGGAAUAUGCAAUCGUCUUAGCUGUGGCGAUAUUUAUAAGGCAAUCGAUCAGUUCAGAAAAAGCGAAUUAUUUUCCAAUUUCCAGACGGCACUACAAUUAAUCCAAGAUCCUAAAGGAUGGGAAAUAAUUGGUGAAUUCCUCUCGAACCCAGAUAUGAUUGCUCAGUUUACUGGCGAUGGUUUGCUAGGAAAUCUUUUUGGUUCCAGUUUAUCGAAUUCGAAAGGUAGUGAAAAAAUAACGCCAGAAGAUGGUGAUUUUGGAACAGAUUUUUCGAGUCUCGUAGGAAGCAAACCUUUCAAAGAACGUAAACCAACACCUGAAGAAUGGCCUGAAAUCGCUGAAAAUGUUGAUUCAGAGGAUUACUACAACGCGGUUUGUUUCACCAGAUUUCCAGAUAAAAAACUCUAUUCUAUUUAUUCUAUUGUGAAUUCUUUUUUAAAAAAAUACAAUCAGACUUCUAAACGAUUUUCCGCUUCGAAAGCAAUAACAACCAGAAAAUUUCAACGGCAAAUGACGACAAAAUCAACACAUCGACAAGCAACGAAAAAUUUCCGCAAAGAAAGCGAUUAUUAUGCAAUGUAUUAUGAUGAUAUUGCUGAAUGA